GAAAGAUCACAUAACACAAGGGAACAAGUAAAACAGCAGAGGGGUUGGGCGCGAUAACUUUGAGCCCCAAGAUGUCCUUACAGCCGAUCUUAACAUUCCUCAAAAGCAAAGAGUCCAUUCUCUUUAACGCAGUUGUUGCCAUUCUGACUGUUGGGGGACAACAACUUUUCUCUUUUUUCGCUUUUAGUUGCCCCUGCAGCCCCUCUAAGAACCUCAACUAUGGCUUAGCCUUCCUGGGAGUCCCUGCACUGGUGCUGCUCGUUGUGGGUUUUGUGUUCAAUGAUAACACAUGGAGGCUGCUUAUGGGCUCCUCGCACAGCCACGCAGUGCAGGAGAGAAGCAGGCAGAGCACUAUAAUGAAGUACAAGCUCAUCUGUUUUGUGAUUGGGAACAUCACUGGCCGGGCAAUGGUGGCUCCCAUCACAUGGCUAGCCGUGACGCUGCUCAAUGGCUCAUACUAUGUGUGCGCACUGAGUGAGUAUGCCGAUGUGGAGCAGUAUGACAUCCUGCGCUCACUUACAGAGGCCGAGCGGAGGCGCUUUCUUGCCCAGUUUCCCUGUGCGCAAUUUGUGCCUGCCAACCUCACCAGAGUAAAAGACGAGGUGGUCCUGCAGCUCAAGUACCAGUCCCAGGUGGCUGGAUGGAUUUUGGUUGCAGUUGUAACCAUUUCUAUAUUUAUAACCCUCUGUAUAGCCAGAUGUUGCUCUCCUCUAACAUUUCUGCAUCUUAAGUACUGGACCAGCUAUGUGAAUAAUGAACAGAUACUAUUUGAGCAAGCAACAGACCAGCACUCCAAAAUCUAUGCUUUACUAAACAUCAAGAAGUUCUUUGGCUUCUCACCUGGAAGUAAGAACAUCAAAGAAAUCCGUGUCCCCUCUCGCUGGGACUGGAGAAUGAUCUCUGGACUUGAUCUUUUGAAAACCAUUGAUGACGAGCAUUGCCAUUACAGUCUUCUCCAUCAAUGGGCUGACCUAGAUCCUGCAGAUGGGAAAUUAAUUCACAUUGAUGUAGAAAACAGCCCUGGCUCAGAUUCACUUUCCUAAGCCUCGCCUUUUCACAGGUUGACAGGUCAAGUGAUUUGCGUAUGUCCUGAGAUUUGCACAGUUUUUAGGUUUAGACAUUUUUUUCUAAUUUCUUUUAAAUAAAAUGUAUAAAGAACUACAGAAAAGCACCAAGUUAACACUUGACAUUAUUUAUUGGUUUCAUACCCUAAAUGCACAAGUUGUAUUUUAUCUUCUAACAGGGCCGCAAGUGCUCUAGGUCAGUGCUACUAAUGUUUUCACAUGCAGCAGGCUCAUUUUUUUGCCAUGUCCAGGAAAAAAUACAUGUAAGUGUUGUCAUGGAAAGAAGUCUUUUGAGUUCUUGACUAGACUGAGGGCCAUAAAAAUUCCUUGGAGGGCCA